AUGACGCGUGGGAGGGGAAGGGGACGAGGGCAACCCUCUUGCACGGUACCCCCAUCACCGGUAGUCUCUGCGGCGGUCACGAAAAAUCUUGGUGAUUCUGAUCAAGUAGAUCAUGUGGAAGUUACGGAAAUUAGCGAUUCGCAAGAUGAGAUAAGCCAAUCUGAUGAGGAAGAAGUGAAAGAACUCAAUCACGAAGCCCUAAAUUCACCUGUUAAUGAUCGAAUUGAAAGCUAUUAA